AUGGCGGAACUCACAAUCACUGGCUCAGGUGGUCGAAAGAUCACACUCCCCACCGGCCUCUUCAUCGACAACACCUUCACCCCCGCAGAAGCCAACAAAACAGUCACAAUCGAAAAUCCCACUACAGCCUCCCCCAUCGGCGCCGUCUCCGCCGCCCAGACCUCCGACGUCGACCGCGCUGUACUGUCUUCACGCAAAGCAUCAGCGACUUGGAAGACUACACCUCCCCAGGAACGACGUCGUCUGUUGAAUAAGCUGGCUGAUCUUAUUGAGCGAGAUGUACAGGACUUUGCAUCCAUUGAGGCUGUUGAUGCUGGCAUGCUGUAUAACAUGUCCAUGGGGAUGAGUGUCCCGCAGGCAGCGGAGACGUGUAGAUAUUUUGCGGGAUGGGCGGAUAAACUCGAUGGGCAGAGUAUUGACUAUGAGAGUGGUCUUGCGUAUACCAAGAGAGAGCCAAUUGGUGUUUGUGCGGCUGUUGUUCCGUGGAAUACUCCUCUCAUGAUCACUUCAUGGAAGCUAGCUCCUGCUCUUGCAGCCGGCAACACCCUCAUCAUCAAAACACCCGAGCUCGCCCCUCUCUACGGCCAAAAACUCGGCCAGCUCAUAGUCGAAGCCGGCUUCCCCCCUGGCGUGGUCAACAUCCUCUGCGGUCUCGGCACCGUCGCAGGCCAAGCGCUCGCCGACCACAGCGAAGUCCGCAAGCUCUCCUUCACCGGCAGCGUCGGCGUCGGGCGCACCAUCCUGGCCAGCGCCGCAAAGUCCAACCUCAAGCGUGUGACCCUCGAGCUCGGCGGAAAAGGCCCCAGCAUUAUUUUCUCCGAUGCUGAUUGGGAGAAUGCGCUCAUGUGGUCUACUAUGGGAAUUACUAUCCAUAAUGGUCAGAUCUGCGCGGCGGGGAGUAGGAUUUAUGUGCAGGAGGAUAUUUAUGAUAAGUUCGUAGCGGAGUUUUCGAAGAGGACCAAGGAUGCUGUUAUGGGCGAUCCUUUGCUUGAGGAGACUAUGAAGGGACCUGUUAUUAGCUCAACGCAAAAGGAGAGGAUCAUGGGCUUCAUCGCAAAGGCCAACUCCGAGGGAACACAAGUCCUCCACGGUGGCUCUCAAUCGCACGACUCAAAGGGUCAUUUCGUCCCCAACACAGCAUACAUCAACGUCUCACCAUCAGCCAGCAUCAUCCGCGAAGAAGUUUUUGGCCCCGUCGCCAGCAUCGCCAAGUUCAAGACCGAGCAAGAAGUCAUCGAUCUUGCGAACGACAACGUCUACGGUCUUGCAGCUUCAGUAUUCACAAAUGACAUCAGCAAGGCGAUUCGCGUGUCGGACAAGGUUGAGUGUGGAUUAGUCUGUGUUAAUUCCUGGGGAAGCGUUAAUGCUAAUACGCCGUUUGGUGGGAUUAAGCAGAGUGGCUUUGGGAGGGAGAAUGGCGAAGAUGCGCUGCAUGAUUGGACGCAGGUCAAAACAAUUGAGUCGCGAGAAGGUCGAGAUGUCGUCCUUCUAUUUGCUGGCGAAGCCAUACGCCUGGUCACCUUCAUCAUGGACCUAUUAGCAUCUUACCUCUCAAGACUGCAGAGUCAAAGAUUGAAAGGUCUCUCCAAAUCAUUCUUCACAAUAUCUCACGUCAACUCGAUGGAAACAUCAACAACACGAGUCGCAAACUGUUCAAGAGCACUCUGUGCAAUGCUUGAUGAGUGGCAGAUAAUGAAUCGCCUCUUCGGGGUCUUGGAUAUGUGGAAGGCAGCCAGAGAUCUCAAUAAACGAGUCUCCGUCGAGAGAUCAACAGGAAAACCCAUGAAAAAGCUGGAUAUUGGAAUCCAAACUUCACAGAUCCUCUGUCUGACAUCAUUCCACGUCUCGGAAGCGAUUGGUUUCCUCUCAACAAGAGGAAUUCUCAAGCGCUCAGCCAAAUCAGAAGAAAAGUUGACAUUUCUCGCAAUUCGGUCCUGGGCGGCGUUUACUAUGAUUGAGAUUGGUCGUUUGUCACUGGAUUGGAUAAACACUAUGCAGGAUAAGGACAAACUGGCGACAAAGACAUGGAAGGCAAAAUGGAAGAGCGAUAUGCUUCAGAAUUUGGCUUGGGCUAGUGUUGCCACCCAUUGGAGUCUGAGAAAUGGUUUGAUACCCGAGGCUUUUGUUUCGCCGCUGGCGGUGUUCGCGACGUGGAGUUUGGUCAGGGACGCUUGGAAGAAUGCGGCUUAA